AUGCCCGAGAUCACGGAAGAAGCAGAAGCGCCCAACGAUGCAGGGAACGACCAGCCAGCGCAGCUGGAUCCUGAGAAAGAUGCCGAGUCCCAGCGAUCGGUGCCUGCCACCGCUAUGCGCACGUCGCGACCAGAUCUAGUCGAGUUCGAUGGACCAGACGAUCCCGACAAUCCACAGAACUGGUCCAAGAAGAGGAAAUGGGCCAUCACGGCUGCCAUGGGAGGCAUGGCAUUUGUCGUCACCUUUGCCAGUUCAAUCCAUAGUGUGGCCAUCAAACCGGUGGCCCAUGAGUACCAUAUUUCACAGGUCGUUUCUAUUCUGGGGGUCUCACUCUUCCUGCUGGGAUUUGUGUUUGGACCGAUCUUUUUCGGGCCCGCGUCCGAGGUUUUUGGGCGACGGGUGCCGCUAUUUGCGGGAUAUCUCGUGUUUGCCAUCUUCCAAAUCCCCGUGGCCGUGGCCCGCAAUGUCGAGACAAUCAUGCUGGGCCGUUUUUUUGGAGGAUUCGCCGCCUCGUCUCCCUUGGCCGUGGUCGGAGGUGCGCUUGCCGAUAUCUGGGGUCCCCUUGAGAGAGCAUAUGGUGUUUGCGUCUUUGCAGGGGCGACUUUUAUUGGUCCCGUGGCCGGUCCGAUCGUGGGCGGCUUUAUCACUCAGUCAUAUCUUGGCUGGCGGUGGACGGCGUGGAUCACACUCAUCAUGGCUGCCCUGUUCGGUAGCAUCGGCCUCUUGGUCAUUCCCGAAACCUCCGCGGCCAGGAUUCUGCAGAUCAAAGCGAAACGGCUGCGGUAUGAAACACAAAACUGGGCCUUGCACGCCAAAGCUGACGAAAGGCGUGUCGAUGCCAAAUCCAUGCUGACUGUGUAUCUUGUUCGUCCAUUCCUCAUGUUCGUGCAGGAACCGAUCCUGGCUCUGGUCACGGCGUACAUGAGCUUCAUUUAUGGUAUAUUGUAUCUUUUCUUCGAAGCCUUUCCCAUAUCUUUCCAGGAGGAACGAGGCUGGAAUCCAGGGGUGGGAGCCCUCCCCUUCGCAUCCUUCAUUGUCGGCAUCGCCAUGGGGACGGGCUUGAUCGCCUAUUCCACAAGAACCAAUUUCACCCGAGCAUUCUACAAGGAGGGGAAGAUCGUGCCGGAGGAACGACUGCCACCGAUGAUGGUGGGAGCCGCCGCGCUGCCCAUCGGCUUGUUCUGGUUUGCAUGGACUUCUAACCCACACAUCAUCUGGGUGCCUCAAGUUCUUUCCGUCGCCGUCAUGGGAGGCGGGUGUCUGCUCACGUUUUGGCAAGGCAUGAACUAUAUCAUCGACUGUUAUGGCUUCUAUGCAAACAGUGCGAUCGCCAUCAACACUUUCGUGCGAUCCACUGCCGGCGCCGGGUUUCCGCUAUUUGCACCAGCCAUGUAUCACAACUUGGGCGUCCCGUGGGCUUCCUCUCUCCUGGCAUUUCUCUGUGUCGUCUUCUUCCCAGUGCCUGUCCUCUUCUACAAAUACGGGGCGAGAAUCCGGCAAAAGUCGAGGUUUAAGCCGGUGUGA